AUGGAAGAACCCAUAAAUACCAUAAAAAAAAUUAAAAGUAAUAUGAGCAAGAUUUGUUUCAACAAGUCUAAUAAGCUCAAUGCUGAUUUUAAAGAUGAUCAUAUUGAAAUAAUAUUAGAUAACAAAAAUAUAACACCUAAACCAAUAUAUUUCAAUUUUCAAGAAACGGAAACAAAGAAAUCAUUUGAUCAAAUUGAUCAGUUAUUGAAACAAUUUGAUGAAAAAAUUGAUCAUACCAGAAAUGAUUCCCAGAAAAAAUUAGCAAAUAUACAAGAUGAAGAACAAAUUAGAGAUAUAUUAAAUGCUAAAAAGAAGAAAAAAAUAGGAAAAAGCGAAUUCUUUGAUUAUAUAAAUAAUAAAAGGGAUACUAAAUGGACUCCAUAUGAAAAAGAAAUUUCAAAUACUUAUGAUGAAAUAUUAUUGUGUGAAAGUGAAACAAUUGUCCUGUUGAAUAUUCCCAAUACACUAAAUGACAUAGAUGAAGAAAAAUUAAAAGUCGAAGAAAAAAAUAAGUUAUAUGAAAAAUUACUUAAUAAUGAUGAAAGUAAUUAUAUAAGUAAAUCCAUGCAAACAUUAAGCGUUUUUAAAAAAAAUAAAGAUAUAUAUGUUUCUACAAUUAAUAAACAAAGUAAAAGUACUCAAACGAAUUUAUAUGAAUUGUAUAAAUUGACAAUUAUGAACCCAACAGACAUAUCGCAGUUGUUACAUAAAAGAUUUCUCAAAUAUAGAAAUAAGAAAUUAAAAAAAAUUAUGGAUGAAUAUGGAGAUUCCUUAAAUAUUAACGAAAGAGUAAUUUUAAAGAAAAAUAUGUGGGUCCAAGUUGUUGAUAAAAAUGUUGCUGAUAAUAAACAAACUACCAUCAUACCCAAAUCAUUUUAUAAAUCAAGGAAAAAUAACACAUCUCUUUUUAAUACUUUAUUUAUGACAAAAAAUAUAUCGAGAACCUUUUCAAACAAAAGCAGAACAAUGAGAACAAAGAGCAGAUAUAAAAAUAUGAAGACAAUGAAAUUCUUAACAAGCAGUUUUAGUGAAGAUGAAUAUUUAAUCAAAUCCAUAAUUAAAAAGAAAAAAGAAGAAAAUGAUAUUCCUGAAGAAGACCCAUAUGCCGAAGAUAAUGCUAGAGGAAUACCUUGGAUAAUUAAUAACAAAAAAAAAAAAUUAAAUAAAUCUAAUUUUAUACUUUUAAUAAAACAAAUCGAAAAAUGUAUUGUUCAGAAUAUUUACAUUUAUCAACAAAUGAUUUAUAAAAAUAUUCAUUUGAAUUAUUUAAAACAAGUAGAAAAUAAUGACGUUAAAAUGUUUGACGGAGAAAAUUAUGAUGCUCUUACUAAUCCUAAUAUUAACUAUAAAAAAAAAAAAAUUCUUAUAAAGAUAAAAAUAAAAACAAAUAUGAAAAAAUUAUGUAAUUUGAAAAACAAAAUUAAAGAUAUUAAUAAAAUGAAGGGUGAUAUUCCUAAACAGACAAAUAAUUCCAAUGAUACAAUUUCGAUUAAUUCAAUAAAACAUCGUAUUCAUAUUCUUUCUAAAAAGAAAAAAGAAAAAAUAGCCAAAAAAAUUUUUGUAAACAAGCUAAAAAAUAAUAUCAGAAAGAAAAUAAAAAAAAGAAAAAAAAAAAUGAAUAAAAAAGAAUAUGAUACAAAUGAAAAUAAUUAUUCAGAUUUUUUACAAAAUAAACAAGAUAUUAAUAAUCUAACAUAUAAGAGGAAUAACAACGAUCAUAUAAAUGUCAAUAAAAAUAUAAAAAUAAUGAAUGAUACUAAUUCGGAGAAAAAAACAAAAGAUGGAUGUUCAGAAGACCUAUUAGAAAAUCAUACAAGUGUAGACAAUUUUAAUAAAAUGGAAGAUGACAAAAUAUUUGAUAUUCUUAUAAAUGAUGAAAGCAAAGAAGAUAAGUUAAAAAAAAUAAGUACCAUAAUUAUCGACGAUGUCUUACAUAAUAAAAAUAAAAAAAAAACAUCCGAUCUUUUAGAAAGAGAUAAUUUUGAAAAAAAAAAAUUUGAAUAUAUUUUAAAAAAGAAAAAAGGAUUUACUACCAUAAAUGUAAAUAGAUUAAAAUUGAUAAAGGAAGUGAAACAAGAUUAUAUAUACAAAUAUUAUAAUCACGAUAUAUUAAAUGAUCACAUUUGUAAUAAUAAUAAUAUUAAUAGGACAUGUAAUGAAUAUACAGAUGUACUUGAUAAUAUAAAUGAAGAUACAAAAAAUAUUCAUUUGGAUUUAAAUAAUAAUAUUGAACAUACAAAUAGUAUAGAAUAUAAUAAUAUAUUAUAUAAAAGGAAAAAGAAAAAAUAUAUCAAGAAUAUAUCUAUCAAUAAAUUAUUUCAGUUUCAUUAUAAUAAAUUAGAAAAUAUAGUUACAUCAAUUGAUACAAAUAAAUUUUAUAAAGAUUAUAUUUCUUCUAGUUAUUCAAAUACAUUAGAUAUUGGAUCUUUUCAAAACAGUAAAGGGAAUAUUGCCAUAUUUAGUUUUAUAAAUCCAAAUUAUCCUCUUAAACUAUAUAAUUUAAAUUGCAGUGUUAUGAAAAUAAAAUAUUCAAAAAACAAUCCGAAUCUAUUAGUAUCUGCAUUAUCUAAUGGACAUAUCUAUAUAUAUGACAUAAGACAAAAAGAUGAAACACCUGUACUUAAAUCGACAACAAUUAAAAAUUAUUAUGAAAACUGUUAUGAACCAAUAUAUGAUCUUUCUUUUAAAAAUCAGUAUACUAAUAAUAAUUCCUUUGAAAAUAUUUUUUAUUCAGCUCAUGAAAAUGGUUGUGUAUAUCAAUGGAACAUAGAAAAAGAAUUAAAAACUAAAGAAAUAUUAUAUUUAAAAAAUAAAAAAAAUGAUUUAUAUCAAGAUCUAUCAUCCGUAUUUGAAAAUAAAAAUCUUGUUAAUAAACCAUUCAAUUCAUCUUUAACUUGUAUUGAUAUAGAUUAUUAUAUGCACCAUGAUGAGGAUUUUAUUAUUAGUAAUAUUGAGAAAAAUGAUUCUUCAGAAUUUAAUAAGAAUGAAAAUAAUCCUUAUGUAGAAUUAAAUGAAAAUAAAAAUGUUCAACAAAGAAAAGAUCUUAUGAAAAAAUCAGAUAACAAAUUAAAUCAUAAAACUACACCUCUUGAAAAAGAUAAUUAUAUUAAUCAUAUAUCAAAAGAGGAGGAGUUAUUGAAUCAUUACAAAAAUAUAACAAAAAAUAUAAUCGACAAAAAAAUUAAACCAACCCAUUCCUACUAUUAUCUAGGUACAAAAAAUGGCAUAAUUUACAGGUGCAAUAGCUGCUAUCAGAAGUCUUAUUUAAAUCAUUACAUUGCUCAUUUUGGGGCUGUCAAUAGAAUUAAAAUAAAUAAAUUUGAUCAUGAUAUUUUUAUAAGUGCUGGUGAGGACUGUACAGUAAAAUUAUGGAAUAGAUUUCGUAAUACACAAAUUACAACCUUUAAAUCAAAAAAUUCGUUCAGCUCAAUAAAUGAUAUAAUAUGGUCACCAAAUAAUUCAACCUCCUUUUUUUGCUGCUCUGAUGAUGGAAGAAUAGAAUUAUGGGAUUUUGAUUUUUUCUCGAAAGAUCCCUUGAUAAUUUUUUAUCCAAACAAUUUGGAGACAUCCAAAAUUACCACCUUAAAGAUGUUUAAUAAAGAAGAUAUAUUAUUAUGUGGAGACAAUUUGGCUAAUGUUUCCAUGAUGAAAAUAAAAAAUUUAUUUAAUUUAAAACUAGACGAAUAUGAACAAAAGAUGAAAUUAACCAACUGCUUAAAUUAUUUGGAUACCUAUGAUUAUUUUUAA